AUGAGGCAACUGAGUCCGAGAGAGCUCGCCCCAGUCCCUGAGCUAGCACGAGGCAGAGAAAACCCAGCACGCUGGCUCCCUGGUCCAUCUGUGACCCUCCGCGCCCCACUGCUGGUUUUGCAUCAUUCUGAAAGCAGCGCUUCCUUGCAAUUCCUUUGCCUGCGGUGUCUUGAACCCUCUCCUGGACCGGGCCCAUCUGUCUGCUGGCCAGCUGCUCAAGUGCUCUUUCUCACACAAGCCCCAUCUUGACCCAGCGAGGCCGCAGCACCAAGGGGACAGGGUGAUGUCCCAUCCCUUGGAGGGGUUCAUGAAGCCCUUGACAGUUGGUUCCCACUCCAGGGAACCUAGCCCGGGCCGCUUCCUCAAAGUGCACCCCAAAGCACCCCGUGCAGAGGCCCAGCAGCCUGUGGCGAGGCCUGGUCCUCCGCAUACCCUCUCCUGGCAGCCCGCCAUGCCUCUCCUUGUCCAUCUGGCUGACACUUAUUAAUCUGUCUGAACGAGCUCCCGACUGCCAGCUCCUUAAGCCUUCCUGGAUACCCUAGGCCGAGAGAGCCCCCUCUCUUGUGGGCCCCCAGCAUACCCUGUGCGCCCCACCUCCGAGACACAGAAGCUUCCAUUGCAUGAUGUAAUCACGGACUGUGGGGGCUUUUCCCACUUCUCCAGAGCCUCUGUAGGGCCGUGGACCAUGCCUUGUUUUUCUGGAGACUGUGCAGGCCUAGCAUUCUGGCUCAUAGAUGCACCUUAUCAAGAACUCUUUGGAAAUCAAUGGAAACUAAUUAAAUAUUACAGGAAUACAUGAAUUGGCAAAGUUCCCCAUCAUCUUAUUCUCUAGAGCUGAACCUUAGCCGGCCAAUUGAGGAACAAGGCCCCCUGGACGUCAUCAUCCACAAGCUGACGGAUGUCAUCCUUGAAGCCGACCAGAAUGACAGCCAGUCCCUGGAGCUGGUACACAGGUUCCAGGAAUACAUCGAUGCGCACCCUGAGACCAUUGUCCUGGACCCCCUUCCUGCCAUCAGGACCCUGCUUGACCGCUCCAAGUCCUAUGAACUCAUCCGGAAGAUCGAGGCCUACAUGAAAGAUGACAGGAUCUGCUCGCCACCCUUCAUGGAGCUCACCAGCCUGUGCGGAGACGACACCAUGAGGCUCCUGGAGAAGAACGGCCUGGCAUUCCCCUUCAUUUGCAAAACCAGAGUGGCUCAUGGCACCAACUCUCAUGAGAUGGCCAUCGUGUUCAACCAGGAGGGCCUGAGUGCCAUCCAGCCACCCUGUGUGGUCCAGAACUUCAUCAACCACAACGCUGUUUUGUACAAGGUGUUUGUGGUGGGCGAGUCCUACACCGUGGUCCAGAGGCCCUCGCUGAAGAACUUCUCUGCCGGCACGUCAGGCUCCUCCCCAGGACCGUCUCUCGUGCCCCCCGUCUGGACUGGCUCUGGUCGGAGCGGCGGGAGGACUGUCGGGCACACCGGGGCGGCAAGGGGCCUGUGUGCCCCACUAGCGGGAAGGAUGCCAGACCGCGAGUCCAUCUUCUUCAACAGCCACAACGUGUCAAAGCCGGAGUCUUCAUCGGUCCUGACCGCGCUGGACAAGAUCGAGGGCGUGUUUGAGCGGCCGAGUGACGAGGUCAUCCGGGAGCUGUCCCGGGCCCUUCGGCAGGCGCUGGGUGUGUCGCUGUUUGGGAUCGACAUCAUCAUCAAUAACCAGACGGGGCAGCACGCUGUUAUCGACAUCAACGCCUUCCCAGGCUAUGAGGGCGUCAGCGAGUUCUUCACAGACCUCCUGAACCACGUGGCCACCGUCCUGCAGGGCCAGAGUGCAGCCGCGGCAGCCGCGGGGGACGUGGCCCCACUGAGGCACAGCAGGCUCCUGGCAGAGCAGGCGGGCAGCCUGGCGGGCGAGCGGACGUGCAGCGCCAGCCCGGGCUGCUGCAGCAGCAUGAUGGGCCAGGACCCACCCUGGGCGUCGGAGGCCGAUGCGGGCGGCGUGGGCACGGGCAGCACCGCCAAGCUGCCCCACCAGAGACUCGGUUGCACCGCGGCGGUAUCUCCCAGCUUCCAGCAGCACUGCGUGGCCUCACUGGCCACUAAGGCCUCCUCCCAGUAGCCACGGAGCCCAGGACCUGGAGGGCGGCACGGGCCGCAGAGUGCACCUGCUGGGCAAGCAGCUCCCAGCAGUGACGCUCCUACUAAGAAUUCCCAGUGAUCUGAUUCUUUUUUUUGUUUUUUAAUUUUUAACCUGAUUUUCUGAUGUCAUGAUCUAAACGAGGGGUGGUGGGGGGGGCGGGGAGAUGGAAGAGAACCCCAAGUGGCCCAGCCUCGGGGAAGAUGCCUGAUACCUGCUGUGCAGAUGUCUUCACUGGGUUUACACUUGCUGUGUCUUCAACACUAGGUCUGAAUGUGAGGUGGGGUGUGCGUGUGCACGUGUGGCUGCUGUGCGUGUGCACAUCCACGUCUGUUCGUCUCGAUGGCUGCUGUGGACCAGGCCUUGGGGACCCUGGAGGGGGGCCGUCCCGGGUCAGGCUUUUGGCCACUGAACAGAGUGAGUGAGAGGUUCCUCAUCUCUCGCUUUCCUCCAAGCCCCUCGCACCCAGGCCUGGCCCCCUCACUAUUCCCCUCCUGCUGGCGGCCUCCACAGCUUUGUGAGGAAUGGGGCCUAAAGCCCCAAGCAGGUGCACAGGUGUCCCUCUGAAGAGCCAGAGGAAGCCAGAGGCACACCUACUGUUUCCUUGUGGGGGCUUCGUGCAGGGGGUCUGGGCUGUGGUCCGCCUGUUGCCCACUCACAGAAAGGAAGAAGGAAGCUUCCUGGGGGCAGCUAAGGUCCUGAGUUGGCCUCUACUCUCCACGUCCAGCUCCCUGGAGUCCGCCAGGCCCUUCAACUUGUGUCCCAUGCGGCCCUGCAAGGGGGCCUCCCACCCUGGCCAAGCGCCGCUCCCCAGGACCCCGGAGGAGGCUGCCUGGUCGGGAGCCCUCGGGCUGAUCUUGCCUGUGCCAAGGAUUUGUGCCGUGACUGUGGACAGAUCAUCCCAGGAGUUGCUGGGCCUCCGUGUCCUUGUCUCUGAUGAGCCGUUGAGACCAGAGACCUCUGAAGGGCAGGCUUGGUGCCCUCCACCCUGCGGUGCGGUCUGCCUCUCUGAGAAGUCAGCCCGAUGAGCCUCCCCUCGGCCUCGAGGUGAUUUGGGGCCUCUUCCCCCGGCCAGGUGGGUGGGGGGGGGGUGCUGCCUGUACGCUUCACAUCUUUUCGCACCGCCCAGCAGGCCCGCCCCACCCUUCCUGCACUCACUGCAAGCCCCAAGCACAGAGCCAGCCAAGUGUGAGGGGAGCUGCAGCCCCAGAGGUGAGGAAGCAGUUACCCCUCCUCCGUGAGAGUCCCCCCAGCCCCUGAUGGCAGCUUACACCACCGGCUGACCACUCCGCUCCCGCGGUGCAGGCGGGCAGACCGCCCCGCCCCUCUGCAAAGAAAGGGGGCCGGUGAGGGGCUUUGCCAGUCCUGGGACAACGUGAACCCGGGCAAAAUGCAUAGGACCCCCUGAGCAUGAUCUUGUGUCCUGAGACAUCCAUUCACGUUGAGAAAGUGGGAAAGACGUCCAGGCUGUCGUGCACGGUCCGAUGAGGAUGGCCCGAGAGAGGCUGCUGAACUGGGCACUCAGAGGUACCUUCGGGCCUGGCUCAGCAGGGGCGUGGGGGUCACCCACCUUCGGGAAAGGAAGGACUGGGUGGGGGCCGCCCUCAAGCUGCACUGGGCCUAGGGCGAGGACAGGUGCUGUUGGGACUGCCCGGCUGCCCUGGAAAGGAGGGCCCACCGACUAACUGCGUUUACACGACUUGAGUGUUGAACCCCGAUUAUAAUGUCUGUACAGCGCCUUUCCUAGUCCAUCCCUGAGCCCCGGGGAAGCAGGAAAGCGUGGCUGGCCUCUUGCACUGCUUUGUCUCCAAAAUAAACUACUGAAAUCGAACUGCA